AUGCCAUUGCCGUACGCCGCCAUCUCACCCACGAGGCCAGAGUCUUCAGUAGCCGAGAAGAACGUCGUCAUCACAGGCGGAGGGACAGGUAUCGGAAAAGCCGCCGCCAUUGCCUUUGCUCAAGCCGGCGCCAGAUCGGUUUCCAUCAUUGGACGUAGAAUUGACCGUCUCCAGACUGCUGGUGCCGCAAUCUCUGAUGCCAAUCCUUCGACUCAAGUAGUCUUAGAAAGUGGCGAUGUCACCAUACGCACGUCCAUUGAAGCUGCUCUCCAUUCCAUUGCGGCAAAAAUCCAGGGCAGGAUCGACAUAUUUAUCAACAAUGCGGGUAUACUUGCAAACGAGGGUGCAGUGAUAGACUAUCCCGAGUCAGAAGUGCGUCGGUCUUUCGACACCAAUCUUAUGGGGUCUUUCAAUGCUCUACAGGCGUUCACAUCACUAGCUGCGCCUGGUGCGAAGCUCCUUAACAUUGGAAGUGCCAUCAGUCAUUGGUCCCCCCUUCCAGAAGUACCAGGAGUGUGGAGCUAUGCAGCCACGAAACUCGCGGCACUGAAGAUGGUCGAUUAUUAUGCUUCUGAGAACCCCUAUAUCCAUGUUGUGAGCAUUCAACCAGGUAUCAUUGGCACAGAAAUAAAUCCCAAAAUUCCUGUGGGACCAGAUACAGUGGAGUUGCCUGCCCACUUCCUCGUAUGGAUCGCUUCGGAUGAAGCGACGUUCCUGAGGAACAAGUUUGUGUGGGCAAAUUGGGAUGUGGAAGAACUCAAAGCUAGAAGGGAGGAGAUUCGGUCAUCAUCUUUACUGAGAGUAAUUUUGAAUGGUGUCGACAUGUAG